GUAUAGGUGAAGUAGAUGGCAUAGAUGAGAAAUUAUGCAAAAAUGAUGGUACUGAUGAAUUGGUCAAGGAACGUUCCGAAUCUGACGUCUUACGUGUUCGAAAGCGUGGCUUCCAAGAUGAGAAUAAUCCCGGCAUCUUAUUAAUCGUACUUUUUUAA